CGGACCAGCUGCUGCUUGACUGCACCCAGCACCGCGACUCUCGGCCAGGCCGCCCCCACGAUGUCCUCGACGUUCUCGUUCCCCACGGCCGUGUUCGCCGCCGCGCCGCCCGCGACGUCGACCGACACCCCGAACACGGAGGAGGAGGAGUACUACUCGUCCUGGUCGCUCUUCCUCGUCUGCGCGCUCCUCAUCCUCUCGCUCUGGACGUCGUACUACCUGCAGAUCAAGCGCAUACGGGCGAUCCAUGAAACGCUGGUCGCUAUAUUCGCGGGCUCGUUUGUGGGCUUGGUGGUUAGGCUGGCGCCGGGGACUAUGAUCAGGGACAUGCUGAUGUUCAAGCAUACGCUAUUCUUCAACCUGCUCCUGCCACCAAUCAUCCUGGCUUCGGGAUACGAGUUGAAGCAAGAAAACUUCUUCCGUAACUUUGGCUCAAUCCUCGUAUUCGCGUUCUUCGGGACAUUCAUCUCCGCUGUAGGAGUCGGUGUUAUAGUCUUCAUUUGGUCAUCGCUGGGCCUGGAGUCGCUGGGCUUCACGCUGAUCGAGUGCUUGAUUUUUGGGUCCACACUGUCCGCAACGGACCCGGUGACUAUCCUAGCUAUAUUCAACCAGUACAAGGUCGACCCGAAACUCUACACCAUCAUCUUCGGUGAGUCGCUGCUGAACGAUGCGGUCAGUAUCGUCAUGUACGAAACACUGUCCCAGUUCCACGGAUCGGACUUCACGGUCACCCACAUAUUCCACGGAAUCGGCAUCUUCCUGCUGUCUUUCGGCGGCUCUAUGGCACUCGGCGUCGUCUUCGGCCUGGCGAUGUCACUCGUCCUCAAGCACUCUUCGCUCUCCCUAUAUCCCUCGAUCGAAACGUGCCUGGUAGCUCUCAGCGCAUACACCUGCUAUUUCUUCUCGAAUGGCCUCUCGAUGUCCGGAAUCGUCUCGCUGCUUUUCUGCGGAAUCACCCUAAAGCACUAUGCCUACCACACGAUGUCGCGGCGCACACAACGCGCGACCAAGUACAUCUUCGCGACGCUCGCGCAGCUCUCGGAGAACUUCAUCUUCAUCUACCUCGGGCUGUCCCUCUUCACGAGCCCGCCAUCGUCCGCGAAGGUGACGAGCUACUUCAAGCCGCUGUUCAUCAUGGUCACCACGGUCGCGGUCGUCUUCACGCGCUACGCCGCGGUCUUCCCGCUCUCUGAGGCGAUCAACUUCUUCCACCGUCACGCACGCGGGCAGCGUCACGAAGAACUCCCGCACUCAUACCAGAUGAUGCUGUUCUGGGCCGGCCUGCGCGGCGCGGUCGGCGUUGCCCUCGCGGCGGGCUUCAAGGGCGACAACGCGCAGUCCAUGCGGACGACUGUGCUUGUAGUCGUGGUGCUGACUGUGAUCGUCUUCGGCGGCACAACCGCGCGCAUGUUGGAGGUGCUCGGGAUCAGGACUGGCGUGGAGGACGACGAGGCGAGCAGCAGCGACGAAGAGGGCGAGGUCCGGAGCUCGUUCUUCAGGCGAAGCGGGCGCUGGCAGCGCUAUAUCGACGAUGAUGGAGGCUACUUUGGCGCGGAACAGGCGCGUGGGAGCAGACGUACGAGCGCGGCGUACGACGAGCCGCUGACAUACAACCACCAGGCGCAGAACCUCGGGCUCGCGAACAACGCGAUCUUCUCCGCCGCGUCGUCGCCCACAGAAGAAUACGACUCCGAUGGCGGCGAGGUGCUGCCGCUCGCGACCGCAACGCUCAACGGCGAGGGCUCCUCGCACGUCCGCCGCAAAUCACGCGACGGGCCACCGUCCGCGGGCGUGCGCGACGAGAACAAGUGGUUCCAGACGCUCGACGAACAAUACUUGCUCCCGCUGUUCUCGAACGCAACCGCGAGCCGCUCGUUCCACGCACGCCGCGCGCGCAAGUCCACGGGCGCGUCCCCGAACAUGAGCGCGGGCGCGAGCCGCGGGGGCACCCCCGGGGGCACGGACGACGAGCUCGACGACGGGAGGCCGGAGCUUGACCUCACGGGUGCGGGAAGCGGUUUGGGCGUGGGUGCGGGCAGCGGGCCGGGCUCGGCACAUCCGUUCCCGCCGACGCCAGGGGUGCUGGAUGAGAGCAGGACGGAGCGGGGGCUGGCGAGUCCGAUGCUGCGACGGGACAGCGAGUACCAGGCGCGAGACCGGGUGUCGUGAUUGUGCUCGUCGGAGGAGUAGGAGUAGGAGUAGGCGAGAGGACGGACUGCGUGGGGC